UUAAUUCAGCCGUUUGCAUUAUAAUAGAAGCCAGAAGUGCUAGCAUGCAAAAAGGUGCUGAAUCAUUUUCCUUACGAGCAAACGGAGUUUGUGUGAAAAACCUGGGACAUUAAUAUUUUCGUUUAAGAAUCAUGCACAUCAAAUAUAACAUAUCUAAAAUAGCUUUGUACAUGUACUAGAUCCAUCGUUUAAUUAUUAGAAAUUCUACUUGUUUUGGAGUUAAAAUUGGCAUUAAACAAUUGUUCACCACAGAGACACAUUCGCACGAUGGGAUUAAGCGUUUUUUGGAUAGUUUUGGUGAUAGAAAUCGUUUUUAUUCAAAGGACAAACUGUGUUGAUGAAGUUACCUUGACCUUGAACCCGGAUUUCAUCAUUACGGAGGAGGACCGGCGUGGAAGUUUUGAGCUGCGGUGUGCCGUUAACGCCACAAAAACGUCUACGGUGACCGGCGUUAGUCUGUACCACGAUGGGGACGUGUUUUACAAUAGCUCGUCCACUGCCAGCGUAUCCGUUGACAAAGAGUUUAGAGCCACUGACUACCAGACUAGCCUUUCGAGCGAAGGCGAAGACGUAAGGGUGACUUUUACGCGUGUUGAUCUGCUCCACUACGGUGGACGUUACGUCUGUGAAUUUACAAUGGCAGAAAAUGAAACGGGGCUGAGUUAUACACGAAACGAAACAGGAUAUCUUUCUGCAAUGGCAAAGCCUUCCUUGGCGGUUGUCCCGGAGCAACUCAUGUACCACGGACACAUCGAUAUCUCCUGCAAAUUAACAUUCUUUUGUUCGGAAAAUAAAUCAUCUUUCAAUUCUACCCUCCGAAUCUUUCACGCUGAAAGUGGUGACGUCAUUUUGAAAUCGUCAUCAGUUGGAUUUGACCACAAUUCUAGUUGCCGGCUUUUGACCACGGGAAACAUUGCAGACGUGGCUUAUCAGUACAACACGACUACGGAGGACGGUAUACGUGGACGGGUCGUCUUUUUCUGUGAUGCCACACUCACUCAAACUCCAUUCAAGAAUAUGCGAUCAAGUAACAUCGGUGCAGAAAUUGCCUCGACGUGGAACAGCUCGUGUAAAACGACGAGCGACGAUUGUCUGCCCCCAGAAAUGUGCAUCGAGGAUUGCGAGGAUAUGACAUGCAGGUGCCCCCACACACACUACCUGUCUAAUGGCGUAUGUAAGCCGGUGGUUAAGAUGGGUUCCCAAUGCACGGGUGAAGGACAGUGUGAGGGUCUGAUGUCUAGAUGUGGACCACAAGAUCCUGAGAAUACCGGUAGCCGAACAUGUACGUGUGAUCCGGGCUUUACACUCGACGAAGACUUAGGCCUGUGCACGAAUAUAGAACCGUGUCCCGAAGAUAAAAGCUUCCUCCAUUACCCUGAAGGUAACGCAUGCUACAAACUGGUAUCAGUCAACUACACAGAGGACGUGUGGUCGGCGUGCGCGGGGAAAAGGGAGCGCCCACUUUCGUUCAACGUGCAGGGCGGUAGGAAGUUCCUUCAUGAACGGCUUUGGACGUACGGACUAUACUCGGAGAGCCUCGUGCGCGAGAUCAAUGCCCUACCGUCCGAGAACUCGAGUCUAGAUAUAUUGUCCUUCCUCAUAUCAACCAACAUCACAACCGACGAGCACCACCCUAAAACGUGGUACUGGCCGCUCACCAACGAGCCAAUACAGCCUGAGAGUCUUGUGGAGGCGGGGCCAAAGUGCGGUCUGAGCCUCGUGUACAAUGAGUCCGACUUCCGGUACCAAGAGGGGCCCGAAUGUUCCGAGAAUGAAACUGUCAACAUCGUGUGUGUCAUAUAUUUGCCGGAUAAAUUCUGCGAGAAGGAUGUGGAUGAUGAGGGAAGGUUCUGGAACUACACGGAGGGCGGCACACAGCUCAAACAAGAAUGUAAACCGGGAUACACAGGGUCAAUUACGCGAGACUGCCGAAAAGACGGUGUGUUUCUCUUGCCCUACUAUAACUGCACAUGGGCUGUCCUGAAAGACCUCUCGGAACAGCUGGCUAAUGGUACUGUGACCGGAGCCGAGGCCCUAGCUAAUCUGACGGCGAGCGUAACGGAUGGGAAUCGCACGUUGUAUAUAGGGGAUCUGCUGCAGGCACAAAACAUCCUGGAGGCUGUCGUCUCUGAAAACUCAACGUUCACCAACGAUAGCAUAUAUGACUUUUUGGAGACGGCAAGCUUUCUCAUUGACGACGAAGCGAACGGCGAGCAGUGGCAAAGCAGCAUACAGAACACCAACGAAGGUGCAGAGUCGUUGCUGUCAGUGCUGGACGAUUUUGCCGUACGCCUCUCCGACUCCCUCGCGUCGUCCACCAUCACCCAGGACACCGUCACGAAGCCUAACAUUGUUCUAACGUACUCGAGCGUUGCCGAUACUGAUGAGGAUAGCCCGCCGCUACAGUUCCCAAGCAGCGAGAGUCGGAACUCCCCCGGGGACGAGUGGCAGUCCGAACCGCACUCUUCUGUCAAUAUAAACUUGAAGGCACUUAAAGGUGGAAACGUGUCCACGUUUGUAGGCCUGGUAUACAAGAACCUUUCACAGGCUGUUCCAACUAAGCUCGAGGGGCAGGAAGAUAACGAGACAAGAAUCACCAUCAGCUCGCAGGUGUUGUCCCUGCAUCUGCUCCCACAUGCGCCGGUAAAACUAGACCCCGAGAUACAGCUCAACUUCAAACGAUUCGAGGAAACGAAUGGGACGCGAUUCAACGAUUUCUGCGCGUUUUGGAACACCACAACUGAAUCAUGGUCUACAUCUGGUUGUCACGUGGUGUCUUCGAACGGCAGCCAGGUCCAGUGUGCGUGUAACCACCUCACAAACUUCGCUUUGCUGAUGAGUCCCUACAAAUCAACUAAUGAGGUUUUGCAGAAGAUUUCAAUGGUCAUAACGUACAUUGGUUGCGGUCUCUCAAUACUUGCCCUCAUCGUGACCAUUGCCUUGCAUGCCUUCUACUGGAAAAUACUGCGCAGUGAACGGGAGUCCCUCACCAUGUGUCUGUGUGUGGUGUUAGUACUGGCCAACAUUCUCUUCCUCGCUGGGAUCGGACAAACGGAAAACCAGACGGUUUGUCGUUGGAUCGCCGUUUCCCUGCACGUUGUGUUCCUGACCGUCUUCUUCACCAUGCUUUCAUUCGGUCUCUACGUGUAUUUCGCCGUCGCCGUUGUCUUCAAGAGUGGCAAAUACAAACUUGUCGUUCUCUUCCUCGUGGCGUUUGUGCCACCAAUAGCUGUCGUGCUAACUGCUGCCAGCAUUUCCAAACUUGAGGGAUAUGGCACGAAAGCAAGUUGUUGGCUGGAUGUUGAUCAUUGGAUGUUUUGGACAUUUGCGGGGCCUGCUGCCUUUGUUAUAUUGGUCAAUGGUAUUAUCAUAUUGAUUGUAUUGGUAAAGAUGUGCGGCACGCAGGCCGCAAAGAACAAAGACGCCCUUGACAGAAUCAAGAUGACGAUUACGGCACUGUCAGUGUUGUUACCAUUGAUGGGCCUGGGCUGGGUGUUUGGUUUGUUUGCUGUGAACAAGAAAACGCAGUGGUUUCAAAUUGUGUUCUGUUUUUUUAACGCAUUACAGGGUGUGUUCAUUUUCAUAUUUCACUGUCUUCUAAAUAAACAGCUGAAACGGGCGAUUCAACUCUCCAGAGAACGUAAGCGUACACUUGAUGAAUUCAACGACGAACAAAAGAAACGAAUGGCAACGGGCACGCAAGACAGUUCCAGUGACAACACCAAGGGAACAUACACGUCGGAAACGGGAACGAUCGAACAAUCUGAAGCUAGAGAAAGGACAACGUCAGUUAAACUAGAAGAUGUCAGAUUAGAAUUGAAGGAGCGCAUGGCUGAAUUGUUUACUGCUGAUGGUGAAGUAAUCAGCGGACGACAGUUACUGCAUAAACACAAAGGGAGCACAGAAGGUGUCCAUACCGACAAGGGACUGUCAUUGCACAAAGAUUCGUCUAAAAUACAUAACGAACCUUCCAAAUAUCACAGCAAUUCUGAAGAGACGACGUUUUCAAACGACUGCAAUCCCUUUAUACCAACAGAGAAUACAAUCGAAAAAGAAAGUCUGGAACUUUCAACAAAGGUGGACCGAUAUGUUACGAAUGGAGAUGAUUCAAAUAGAUUCGUUAAGGACUGUGACUCCAUUUCACACAUCUCACAACUAAAAGAUUCAAAUAAAAGCGAUGUUCUGGAGAUAUUGAACAAUACAAAUAAUGAUGAUUUGCAUCACGACACUUCAAUCGAAGGACACUCACAAUUAGAUGCAUCAGACGACGAAGAAUUGAAAAGCGACAACCUCAAUGGCAAUCACACUGCGAAAGAGAAACUAAGAACGAUUGAUGCGAAAGAAGCAGUGGAUCAAACGAUUGAGAGUGAGAAUCUGUACGAUAAUGUUAAAACACGCAUUUUUACCGAUGGGACAUUCGACGCUAUUGAGGACGAGAAGAAAGAGAAAGCAUUUGAUCAAAAUGAAUCUAAUGAGACAGCUCUCCACAGAAUACUGUGAUCGAAAACCCGCUGACGGAAAAAGACAUUGACGAUGAUAUUUUCGAAAGGACACGAGAAUAAAUGCCGAAGGUGGGACUCGAACAUCGAACACAUAUUCACUUUCUAACAAAAUUGAGUACUUUUGUAAAUUUAAAAGAUAUAAAUAUGAUAAUAGGUCAAGAGUUUAAUUCUCAUUAUUAAUUGUAUAGACCAAAUGGUCUUAUUUCCGCCCGCUCCUGUUUUUGAACUCAAUGGAAAAGAUAUAUUUUUAUUUACCCCAACCGCCCCCCUCUCGGCGACCGUCGAACAAAACAUAAAUUGUAUUUUUUGUUACUAUCAUUUGUUAAAUUAUUAUCAUGUGAAUUGGUCAAUGGGUUAUGUGAUUCCAUUUCAUUAAUAUAUUGAUUUACUACUGCCAAGAUGUAUAACUUUGUCCUAUACCAGCGGUGACAUAUAGUCGUUUUCUGUUGUUAUGUAUAGAGUUUUGUCAUGAUUAUCAUUUUUCUACGAGAUAUGAUAUUGCUUUGUUUUAGAUUGUAUUUUGAAACAUGAUGCCAUUGUUACUUACAUUGAUAAAAACAAGCAUUUUGCAGCAAGGCUAGAACCAUAGAGGGCAAGUUCAUACAUCAUAAUAGCUGAUUAUACUGGAUUAAACGCCCAAUAAACUCUUUAUACAUAGUUGGGUAGACCUUAAUAAAUCGCUGAGUUUUAAUAAUAUCUGGGAAGUUUAAUUGUUUCAUUUCAAAUUGUUUAGUUGGUUUUAUACUUGAAAAUGCAAUAAAAAAAUAUACAUGUGAAA